AUGAGCGGACUCUUUAAAAGUCCCCAGACGCCAACCAGGGAGCCUGCUGCGUCGACGGCCGCUUUGAUGGCGUCGAAUCAACUCCAGAAUCAAGCCCUGCAGUUUUCUAUGCUCACGCCUAUGAUGCUCGGCGGAGCUCAAGCUCCAAUGCAAUAUAUGAAAGUCCAACAACCGGCCAUGCAAGGGCUGCAGCACGUGACGCUCCCUCUGUCGGCCCAUCUUGGAAAUACACAGCUCGGCCCAGUUGAAAGCGCCCUCGUCAGCAGCGUCUUGAACAAGGAGAAAAGCUUCCGUCCGAAGAGAGAAACGCUUCGCUGCGAAACCUGCAACGUCAAUUUCAACAGCCAGGGACAAGCUGACACCCAUUAUCGAGGGAAGCGACACGCCAGAAUCACCGAGAUCAGACGGCGAAAGAGAGAGCUCAAAGAAAGGGACUCAAAAGAGGCCGUUGAAGCAGCUCCACCAACAGAAACCAAUCCUGAAGCAAGCGCCAGUAUCACGGCCGAACAAAGCACGAUGAACGGGAUCUUCAAACAAGAGCAGGCCGCUAGCCUCAACGCAGAAAACUUGGCUCUGGAGGCGCAAGUCGAGCAAUUUGAAGAAGCCAAGGCCGAGAACUGCGAAGUCGAUGCCGCUAGAAUGGCCGAAGAGGACAAAGAAAUGAUGUGUGCUGCGAACGAGAAUGGCUCAACUAGCUCAAAUCAGCCGCUCUUUCCCCUCGAUCCGUUAGAAAUCCGAGAAGAAACCGAGGAGGAGAAGAAAGCACGACUUGACAUGGAAGAAGAGGUCAAAAAGAUGCUGGAAAACCUACCUCCUUACGUCAAACGAGUUGUCAGAACUAUCAAGCCUCUUGACGAAAGUCUUCACUGCAAGGAUUGCGACGUGUGGGUCAAUUCUGAUACUCAAAUGAAACAGCAUCUCGGCUCAUUGCGCCAUAAAAACACAAUCGCGGGGAUUCCAGUUCCUCCUCGUCCAGAUAAGAUCGAGCCUGUCAAGCCCCGGUCAAACCACCAGUACAAAUGCGAGCUAUGCCACGUCACGCUUAAUUCGGAAGUGCAGCUUCUGCAGCACUUGCGCAGCCAAAGACACAAAGCGACGCUAGAGGGUAAACCGCCAAAACCAAGAUGGGUUCCGUACGAGCGAUUCCGGGAGCAACAACGAAUCCAGGCCAAACUCAAACUGCAAUCUGCAUACGCCGCCGCUUACCAACCGAUUCUCGUGCCCAACUUUACGCACAUGCAGAUGGGCCAACUCGGGCAGACGCAAUUGGGAGCGAUGCAAAAUGUCCAAAACGUACAGGGAAUGGCCCUGCCCCCUGGAAUGCAGUUUGUUCAGCUUAUGUAA